AUGAGGUCGCAGGUUGCACUGCUGCUCUUUUGCAUGUUCUUUAUUGCAGCUCACAUACAAUCUGCCAGUGGGCUAAAGUGUUACUCCUGUGAGGGGAGCGACUGCUCGAAAACAAAAGAAUGUGGGACAUUGGAAAAUCGCUGCUACUCUGCUACAGGUAAAGCAGAAGGCCAAACAGUUUCCAUUAAAGCAUGUGUAAACGAGGCCUCCUGCACUGUGGAUGGUAUUAAAAGGAAUUUUGUUCUAAAGACUUGCGGAAUGGCAGAGCUGUGUCUAUCAGGGAGUUUAAACCUGGGAUCAGUAAGGGUCACCAACAAUGCUAACUGCUGCCGCACUGACCUCUGCAACAGUGGAACACUACCAGCACAGUCAGCCAACGGGAAAAAGUGUUUCACAUGUGAUAACAACGACUGCUCAAGGACAGUGAACUGUGAGGGAAAUGAAGAUUGCUGCAUCACUGCUACAGUUCAACAAGGGAGCAACAACGUUUUCAUGAAAGGAUGUGCAACCAAGAACGUCUGCGAUGUGGCUAAACUUCCCACUCAGCCGGGGUUUACUUUGGGACAGGUGACCUGUUGUGAGGGGAACUUGUGUAACAGAGCUGGGACAUUUACACUGAGUUUCAUGAUCAUGUUGGUUCCUCUGCUCUCCUCGAUCUACUCUCUGUACUGUUCAGCACAGUCACUAAAGUGCUAUGAAUGCACAACUUUCCUUAAUGGAGCGUGCUCUUCAGAUACAGUGUCCACCUGUAUGAAUCAGUGCGCUAGUGUGACUACUACCGCCAACUCAUAUGGCAUUAAGACGGAUGUGGUUCUAAAGACUUGUGGAUCUCCAGCGGUGUGUACAACUGGGAGUAUGAACUUGGGAAUUGUAAAGGUCACCAGUAAUGCCAAUUGCUGCAAUACUGAACUCUGCAACACUAAUGCACCACCAGCUCUAAAACAGUCAGUCAAUGGGAGAAGGUGUUACACCUGUGAUGCAUUUGGCUGCUCAAAAACAGUGAACUGUGAGGGAAACGAAGACCAAUGCAUCACUACUACAGUUCAACAAGGGAGCAACAAAAUUUCCAUGAAAGGAUGUGCAACCAAGAACAUCUGCGAGGUGGCUAAGUACAGCGCUCAGUUUACUACGGGACAGCUGACCUGCUGUGAGGGGAACCUGUGUAACGGAGCUGGGACGUUUACUCUGAGUUUCCUGAUUCUGGUGGUUCCUCUGCUCUCCACCAUCCUCCUCCACUGAGCUCUCCACUGAUG